AUGGCCUGGAGUAAGGUACCUUUACUCUUGCAUGGAUUUCUCCUGCUGGUUCAGUGUAAACCCUCCCUUCAAGGAGGUACAGGAAUCUACAUACCAGCUGGUGCAGGGGGAGGAACUGGAGGUGGAUUAGGGGGUGGUCUUGGUACUGGAGCUGGAUUUGGUGCUGGAACCGGUCCAGGAGGUGGAUUUGGUGCUGGAAUCAGAAGUGUUGGGCCAGGAGUUGGUCCUGGAGGAGUUGGAACAGGAUUAGGUCCAGGUGCUGGUCCUGGUGGUCUUGGAAUAGGGCCUGGAACUGGCAUAAGACCUGGAACUGGUUAUGGAGGUGGUGGUCCUGGGGGGCAAGGUACUGGACUGGGUGCUGGAGGCCUUGGAGGAGUUGGGCCUGGUGUUGGAGGUCUUGGGGGAGUUGGACCUGGUGUUGGAGGGCUUG